AUGUCAGAAGAACUGUUCCAAAAUUUAACAUUCCCAGACGGUAGCACAGCCAGACAACCCGUCGGACUAUACAUCGAUGUGGAUCCUGCCACCGAAGAAGUUAUUACAGAAGUUUACUUGGCUGGUACCGAAGAAGUAGAUCUUGCGGUAAAAGCAGCGAGAAAGGCUUUUAAAGAUUGGAGAAAGGUUCAUGGUUCAGAACGAGGUGCACUACUCAUGAAAUUGGCAGAUAUAACCGAAAAGCAUAUUGAUACACUAUCCGCCAUUGAAGCUAUGGAUUCAGGAAAACCAAAAGACUCCAAUGCUCGCGGUGACGUGGAGGGAACAAUAGCUUUGCUUCGUUAUUGCGCCGGAUGGGCUGAUAAAAUUUAUGGAUCCGUUAUCCCAACGGGCUCCGAAAAACUUGCAUACUCAAAGAGAAUACCAAUUGGAGUAUGUGGCCAAAUUGUUCCCUGGAAUUAUCCAUUAAAUAUGGCUGGAUGGAAGAUUGCUCCUGCUUUAGCCGCUGGUAACUGUAUCAUUAUUAAAUCCGCUGAAACCACCCCUCUCUCAUUGUUGUAUUUUGCCCAAUUAAUUGACGAGGUUGGAUUUCCCAAAGGUGUAGUCAACAUUAUAAGUGGGCUGGGUAAAGUUGCUGGAUCACAUAUCGCUUCUCAUCCAGGAAUCGAUAAAAUCGCAUUUACUGGAUCAACAGAAGUGGGCAGUACUAUACAAAAACUCUCCUCUUCCAAUCUGAAGACCGUGACACUUGAAUGUGGCGGAAAAUCUCCGUUUAUUGUUUUUGAAGACGCUGACAUUGAUCAGGCGGUUAAAUGGGCCGCUGUAGGCAUCGUAUUUAACAGCGGUCAAAUUUGCACGGCCAAUUCGAGAAUAUACGUACAAGAGAAAGUCUAUGAAGAGUUUUUGCAGAAAUUCAAAAACCAUAUUUUGACAGAUUACAAAAUUGGAUCUCCCUUUGAUGAAUCGACAGUUGUUGGACCAGUUGUCAAUAAAGUUCAGUAUGACCGAGUCCUUCAUUACAUCGACGUUGGUAAAAAGGAAGGAGCUAGGGUAGUCUUGGGAAAUGAACAGACUCUCUCAAAGAAAGGAUACUUUAUCCAUCCAGUGAUUUUCGCUGAUUGCUCUCAAGACAUGAGAAUUGUAAAAGAAGAGAUUUUUGGACCCGUAGUGGCUGUAUCAAAAUUUACGACAGAAGAGGAAGUAAUAGAAAAUGCUAAUGAUAGCAUAUACGGGUUGGCAGCGAUGUGCUUUACUCAGAAUCUCGAAAAAGCUCAUCGCGUUAGUGACGAAUUAGAGACUGGAAUGGUGUUCAUUAAUUCGACAGAGAACAGUGAUAUUCAAGCUCCUUUUGGAGGUGUUAAGAUGAGCGGAAUCGGCAGUGAAUUAGGAGUACCAGGCAUAGAAAUGUACACUCAUCUGAAGACGGUCCAUCUGAAUUUAAGUAACAAGCUUUAA